AUGUGUCUUGCCACUUUUGCCAGUUUCGUUCUCUCCAGCUCCGACAAUGUGCUUGAUGCCAAGACAGCUUUUGUAUCGAUUACUCUCUUCAAUAUCAUGAACUUUCCGUUUUCUAUACUUCCGGCCGUUAUUGCCGUCUCAGUACAAGGCAUUAUUGCUCUACGUCGUAUCGGGCACUUCCUAUCUAACGAAGAACUGGAAACAAGCUAUGAGAUGAAGUCACCUUCUUCUUUUCCAGAUGAUCCUGUGCCUGAUCCACACAUUUUCGAAAGCCCAAAGGACACUUUUUUAAUUAACCAAUCAAUUGAGGCAGGGGAUCCAGAUCAGGCGAGACUUGAGAAUGGCUCUAUUCCUCGGCAUGUUGAAAAAAAUUGUAAUUAUUCUUAUUUUUCCUUAUUCACACUCUAG